AUAGAAACCGGCAUCUUUGAUUCGCAAGGUAAUUAUUUUUACGUUAACACAACCUCUCGCCAGGUGAUUCUCCUGUUUAUCAUUCACCAUGUCCUCAAAAUUGAAACUUUAUUAUUUCGCGCCAAGCCCCGCAGUGAGAUCCACCCUACUGACUGUAGCAGCUUUGGGGCUGGACGUCGAAUUGAUUACCGUUGACCUCGCCAAAGAUGAACAAAUGAAGCCCGAUUUCUUGGAGAAGAAUCCCUUGCACACCGUGCCGACGCUAGAGCACGGCGACGUGGUGAUCGCCGACAGUCACGCCAUCAACGCGUAUUUGGUCGGGAAGUUCGGCGAGAACGACUCCCUUUACCCCAAAGACCUCCAUAAAAGGGCGCUCGUCGACCAAAGGUUGUACUGGGAGGCCGGAGUUUUGUUUCCUAGACUUGGAGCGGUAACGGUUCCCCUGCUAGAAGGAGCGUCCAGAAAAAUCGAUAAAGCCAGUGCGGACAAGUUGCUCUUGACUUACCAGUCGCUCGAAUCCAUACUCGAACGCAGCCUCUACGUUUCGGGCAAAAAUUUGACUAUUGCUGACUUUAGCGUGGCCGCCACUUUUUCAAGCGCCAACGCGUUGGUUCCUGCCGCUUCGAACAGGUUCCCAACGGUCCACGAGUGGUUCGCCAGAAUCCAGAGUCUGCCUUAUUAUAGCGAAGCGAACCAGAAAGGGUUGGAUGCCCACGUCGCCAUUAUUAAAAGCUUUUUGUCACGGCACCGUCGUCGUACUACCAUGUCGAAACCGAAAUUGUUCUAUUCCCCCGUAAGUCCCGCCGUGAGGUCCACCCUUCUCACUAUAGCCGCCCUUGAUCUGGACGUCGACUUGGUACCUGUCAAUUUGAUGGCAGGAGAACAUCUCAAGCCAGAGUACCUCAAGAAAAACCCCCUCCAUACCGUGCCCACCCUAGAAGACGGCGACUUCACUAUUUUCGACAGUCACGCAAUCAACUCGUACUUGGUGGGCAAGUACGGGAAGAACGAUUCUCUCUACCCUCAAGACCUCCGAAAAAGGGCGGUGGUGGAUCAGCGGCUGCAUUGGGAUUCUGGCGUAUUAUUCCCCAGGAUGGGGGCCAUUGUGGGCGCUUUGCUGCGUGGUGGUGCGAAAACCAUCGAAAAGGACAAAGCGGACCUGGUGGUCCAAGCCUACCAAUCGCUAGAGGCAUUGCUGGACGGUCACUCGUACGUCGCCGGGGAUCAUCUGACAAUCGCUGAUUUCAGCUUGGUAGCCACAUUGUCGAGCAGCAACGCAGCGAUCGUCCCGGUAGCGUCCAACACUUUCCCGAAAAUCAGCCAAUGGUUGUCCAGGAUGCAGGCCUUGCCUUAUUACGCCCAGGCCAACCAAGUCGGUCUGGAUAUGUUCAAGGGCAUGAUCCAGAGCAAGCUGGCCUAGUUUUUAGUGUUCUCGCAACCGUUUCUUUUCACUCGCGCGGUACUUUUCUAAUUCACUUGUCAAAUCAAUAAAGUUUCGAAAAUAAUA